AUGACCUAUUCCAACGAUCGGGAGCUUUUAUUGCAUCAGGGAGACUUACGCCAGAUUGUGCGGAUGUUCGAGGUCUAUUGCGCAAACCCUUCUCACUUUCAUCAUGUCAAAAAAGGUGCAUGAAUCUAUAUUUUUAGCUCACCUAUUAUUUGCAGAACGACUUCUGUCCCGGGCGGUCUUCUUCAUUGUCGGCUUCUUUUGUGUUGUAUUCUCAGUAAAUCAGUACAAAAUAUCAAUGGAAGGCGUGGAAUCCCGUGAAUGCAAUGAUGCGCUCGCGGACUGCGACGGCAUUCCGUUCAACGAUACGCUCAUUCCUCCCUUCUACAACUACCUUCAGGAUUUCACGGUACCAAGGAGCUACUGGUUGGUGCAUUGACAUCAGGUUGCAGGUGACACGUCGGUAUGAUAUCUCCCUCUGUCUGAUCCCAAAAGUGAUGUCAACAAUCGGAACGGCUGCCCUCUGUUAUAUUGAUAAUCCGGAAGCUUUCAAGUCGGCGAACAGAACCAUUUCGAAUGAAAUGUACGCGGAAAGGUAUGGAAGUGUGGAGUAUUCACGAAUGAAUCGAACUAUUUUUAGGUUCUGUGAAAGGAAUGAAAUGAAGUCGUAUGAAAUGGUAAAGUAUAAUCUGAAAAGAAACUUCGAGAACAUCAUAGUGGUCAGAGAUCCGUUCGACCGAUUCAUUUCAGGAUUCACUGAGAAAUGUGUUAAGUGGGUUGCAUUAUCUUUCUCCUAUAUGCGAUGAAUUUCAGAUACGUUGCGGAAGAUCUCUGUCACGGAUGCGGCAGGGACCUUCAUUGUUUUAUCCGAAAGGAGUACCGUCGUCUCAAGAGAAUCUCCAUGCUCUUUCCCGUUUACACACUCGCCGACACGCACUUCGCUCCGCAGACUUGGUAAGCCAAUGAUGGUCAUUUGAAAAGAUCAUUUCGCUUAUGCAAGAAAGAUUGUAUCUCCGUUCGGGAUGCCUGCGCAUCUUUAAAGACCGUCGCUGGCCGUAGACCGAAUCUUUCGGGUAAAAACUGGAAGAAUGGAAUCAAACGGCAAGAAUUGCAGGUUCUGUGACAUGAAGAACACGUUGAAGGACUCCACGCUGAUCAGAUAUUCAAACAGUGGAAUGGAGCGAGUCAGAAUGGUCGACGACAUUAUGAAGGUUUUCUCAAAGAGGAAAGUAGCCGAAGAAGACAUGAGAGCUGUGCAGAAAGAAUUGUCGAGUGAGUGACGUAGGAGAGCAUUCACAGGGAACGGUCUUUCUCAGAAGGAAAAACGAUUCACUCAACUGCCGGCUCCUCAUUGAGGCAGCACUACGAGCGGCUGAUCCGAGAAGACAGUGCCAUCCGGAGGGCCAUCGUUCGAAUGUAUUACUAUGACUUUUUGCUUUUUGGAUAUUCAAUGUGA